AAAUUCACCCGCAGCCACGGGAAAGACGAAGAUUUGCUGGAGGACUUGUCUACACUCUACAUUCCCAGAGUGAAAAAGAUUUCCAUCUAUGAUGAUGACAGAUUUUACAGGAGACCAUAUGCACAGUUGAAGGUAGAACAUGGAGAGUGUGCUGGUACACAAGCAACAGGAAGGUUGAAGCCCUUAUGGUUACAAAUACAGCGUGAACUCAGUUUGAGGAAACUAACAGAGGGUUCACAGUAUCAAGAGGAACUGAAAUAUGACUUCAAUAUAAAAGGGGAGCUGAGGCACUUGGAUACAAAUGAGUCCUUUGUUUUCAAUUACUACAAGAAUGGACAUGAGCAGAAUCAUAAACGCUAUGAAGUUCUGGGACAUUUUAUUACCCAGUAUGUUUAUGAGCUCCUGGAAAGAGUCUGCAUGCUGCAGAAGGUUUAUAUUCCUACUGAUGCUACACAGGAUGAACCAAGAAGUUUCUUUUUCAUGAGCAAAAAUGCACUAACAAGUUCCUCUAGCCUAAUUAUCCUUCUUCAGGACCGUGGAGUUUUUUGUGCUGGACAGUGGGGGCGAAGGGCAAUUGUCAGUGAGGGCCUGAGACAUGGAACACAAAUACCAUUCAUCAAAAUGGCCCUGCAAAGCCAAUGGGAAGUGAUUGUGCUGAACCCCAAUGACAAUUUCACUGAUCUGAACACUGAAAACGAGAGAUUUUCUGCCAAGGAAGAAGCACUUACUUUUCCACAGUCCGUCUGGUGGAUCCCCAAGAGGGGCAGCAGCAGCCCUGAGGAGCAUACCAUGUAUGUAUGGGAUCAUUUCAUUGCAAAGAGUGCAGCCAGGAAUGUGGCCUUCAUUGCCCAUGGCUAUGGGGGGUUGGUGUUUGUUGAUCUGCUGGUGCAGAGGAAACAUGAGGUAAUAAAUAAAGUGUACUCAGUGGCAUUCAUUGACUCCACGCACAACAUGCAGCACCAGAGCAGACAUGAUCCAGAAAUACAGGAAUGGAUACGCAGAAACUGCCAGGAAUGGGUGUCGAACAGUAAACCCCUAAAUAAAACUGUGGGCUUUCUCAUGAGAGUAAAUUGUCCUACUUUGUCUGCUGGAACAGAAAAGUAUGGUUUAGCACCCUCCUGCUGCUUACAACCCAUCUUUAAGUACCUGAAGAACAAGCUGAAAGCCAAGAUCACAACAGCCUUGAGGAAUUCACCUGUUGCAACCAGAAGCAGCACACAUAAGAAGAGAGGCAAUAAAUGAAGGUACACUUGUUGGUUUUUGA